CAGUGUGUGAGUUCAGGAAAAUGGCCGAGGCCAGUAUUUCAGUAGCUCAGGACCAGUUCAGGUGUCCAGUGUGUCUGGAUGUCCUGAAGGAUCCGGUGACUAUCUCCUGUGGUCACAGUUUCUGUAAGGCGUGUAUUAAUGGCUGCUGGGAUCAGGAGGAUCAGAAGGGCGUCUACAGCUGUCCUCAGUGCAGAGACACUUUCACGACAAGGCCUGUUCUACGCAGAAACAACAUGCUGGAUGAAGUGGUGGAGAAACUGAAGAAGACUGAAAUCCAAGCUGCUUCUCCUGCUCACUGUUACGCUGGACCUGGAGAUGUGGAGUGUGAUUUCUGCACCGGGAGAAAACACAAAGCCAUCAAAUCCUGUCUCAUUUGUUUGGCUUCUUAUUGUGAAACUCAUCUGAAACCUCAUCUUGAAGUUCCUGCUUUGAGAAAACACACAUUAAUUGAAGCCUCAGCAAAACUCCAAGAGAAGAUCUGCUCUGAACAUAACAAGCUGAUUGAGAUCUACUGUCGUACUGAUCAAACCUGCAUCUGUUAUUUGUGCAUGUUGGAGAAACAUAAAGACCAUGACGCUGGUUCAGUUGCAAAAGAAAGAGCUGAGAAACAGAGUGAGUUAAAGGAGGAGCAGAUGAAAUCCCAGCAGAGAAUCCAGGAGAAGCAGAAGAAGGUGCAGGAGCUGAAACAGGCUGUGAACACUAUAAAGCUCAGUGCACAGACAGCAGUGGAGGACAGUGAGAGGAUCUUUACUGAGCUGAUCAGCUCCAUGGAGAAAAAGCGCUGGGAGGUGACGGAGCUGAUCAGAGAUCAGGAGAAGGCUGAACUGAGUCGAGCUGAACGACUCCUGGAGCAACUGGAGCAGGAGAUUGCUGAUCUUCAGAGGAGAGUCACUGAGCUGGAGCAGCUUUCACACACACACGAUCACAUCCAUUUCCUCCAGGUUUUAGCUUCUGGACGACACUCUCCUCAAUUACACAGACCAUCAUUUCACACAGCCAGCGUCACUGUCCAUCAACAUCUCUCAUUUGAUGGAGUGAGGAAUUCUCUCUCAGAUCUGAAAAAGAGACUCGAGGAAUUCUGUGAGGACGAAUUCAACAAAAUCCCUCCACAUGCUGCAGCAGUUCAGAUCAUUUCAGGACCAGAACCACAGAGCAGAGAAGAGUUUCUGAAAUGUACAUCUAACACACACACACACACACACACACACACACACACACACACACACACACACACACACACACACUCUUCUGGGCCUGUCAUGAUAACAAAUUUUGUUGGAUGAUAUAUUGUCUCAAAUUAUUGCGAUAAACGAUAUUAUUGUUGACGUCUUUUCAAGACAAUUUUAUGCCACUAGUAAAAUAAUAAUGAUCAUGCAAAUACACCCUUUCAUAGAACAGUAAACUUUUUAAUUCAGUCAACUUAUUCAAUUCAACAGUGGAACGUAAAAAAUAAAUCUAAAUAAAUAAGCGAAAGAAAUAAAACAACAAUCAAACAAAACCACUCACAACAAAAACGAUAAAUAAAAUACAAUUUAUGGCUCUUAAAAAUUGCACUGAAGUGAAUAUUAACUUGGCA